CAGGAACCGUCAGUUUAUAGAAGGAAGCGCAGAGACAUAAGAGAGAAGAAACGCCUGUGUGCCAGCUGAUCAGAAGUGAAGAUGGCUGAGGGAAAACUAGGUGCCAAUAUUGGGGGCAACAUUGGCGCGGGAGCGGGCAUCCUGGCCAAACGCUUUCAGAAGUCAAUGAACCGAGCUCAAGAGAAGGUCCUGCAAAAGUUGGGGAAGACAAUGGAGACAAAAGAUGAGCAGUUUGAAGAGUACUCUGCCAACUUGAACAAACAGCAGGCAGAUGGCACCAGGCUCUAUAAGGAUGUUAAGGCUUACUACAAUGCUGUCAAAGUGAUGCAUGAGUCAUCUAAACGCCUAUCCUUGACUCUCAAAGAUAUCUAUGAAUCUGACUGGCAUGGUGUAGAAGACCUGCCUGUCAUUUUGGAGAGUGAGGAUCUCCUGUGGAAUGACUAUGAGGAGAAGCUGAGUGAUCAAGUUGUUCGAACAAUGGAGAAUUAUACUGGACAGUUCCAAGAUGUCAAGGAAAGAGUGUCUAAACGAGGAAGGAAGCUGGUGGACUAUGAUUCAGCUCGACAUCAUCUGGAGGCGCUACAGAGUUCCAAGAAGAGAGAUGAGAUAAAAGUAACCAAGGCAGAGGAGGAGUUCAAUAAAGCCCAGGAGGUAUUUGAAGACAUAAACAAAGAACUGAGAGAGGAGCUACCUGUUCUCUAUCAAAGCCGUAUCAGCUGCUAUGUCACCAUGUUCCAGAACAUCUCAAACCUGCGGGACAUCUUCUACAAGGAAAUGAGCGUGUUGAAUCAUGACAUUUAUAAUAUGAUGAAGAAGCUUGAGGAUCAGCACUCAACCAAACCCUUCAUUGUCAAAGGCCUUAACAGCACUAAAUCUAAGAAGAGAAAAUCUGUUACUAUCUCCGCUCCUAUCCCGUGUAACACUGCCUUCCCUCCUGAUCAUCCUGCCAUGAGCAAGCUCAGCAUGCCUGACACUCUCACACACAAAGACACACGCUCAGACACUCCCUCAAAGAGUACAGGAAGUGCAUCAUCUGAAAUAUCAGACUCUGAAUCCAACUCUUUUGACAGUGAACCCAACACACCCAAACGUCAGUCUUUUUGCUCAGAGGGUGAAGGGGUUAAAUCUGAGGGAGCCACUGAAACUGAAUCAAAAACUAGCACUGGUGAGUCAGUACAAACAAAUGGCCAGGAACACUUGAUUCAAAGUUUGGCAUCCACUCAGCAGGCUGAAGAGGAUGAGAGUAAAUCUGUAGCUUCAUCUGAAGAAACUCAUUUAUCAGAAGACACCCAGCGUGCAUCUACAGAUUUCGACAAUGAUUCUAAGCCCUUAUCGGGCGAUGAAGACCAGACUGUUCCUGUCCCCACUCCUCGCCGACCCAGCACCUCCAAGAAGGCUGAGGGAGAGAAGGAUGAAAAUAUGACAGGAGGUAGUGAGUUGGAGGAAGCAAAGGAAGUCAUCAAAAGCCAAAGGGCGGAGUAUGAAUAUCCUCCCGGUUUCCUCUACAAGGCAGUGGCUCUAGAGAGUCAAGACUUGGAUGAAGGUGUGCUUUUGCUGUUUGAAAAAGGAGACAUGAUCCUUACAUAUGCUGAUGAAGAAGAUAAGCCGGAGGGCACCGUCUGGGCAGUGAGAGAGCAGGACUGGAUCCAGUACAAGGACCUAACACUUCUCUCUGGCAUUGUCCAGGAGACCAUGAUCCAAAACAUCACCUCUGACUAAAACAUGUUGUUAAGUCGCACCUUGCAACUUGGGAUGCAGGAUGGCAUCACAUGAACUAGAGUUCCCCAAACUGCCUGCCGCAAUCCUGUUCUGAGUGCCUGGAUGUUGUAAUAUGAAAUCUGUCUAGACUUUGCUCUAGGCAUGAAAGACAAUCUGAUGACUUGAGUAAACAGUGUCCUUACAACUAAGUGUUGCCUUAAGACAGCCACACAAUGUUUUCAGAUUUUUUUAUUUUUCUUUGUGUCUUUCUGUCUUUUAUAGAUUUGUAAUAUUGAUCGCUGCAUUUAUGUGUUGUUUGUGGUUUUGCAGGUAAUCUAAUCUUGAAUCAUCUCUCUCUCUUUUGCAUAAAUGUAGCCACUUAUUUCGAAUCAGGAAAAAAAAAUGGUUUAGACACACUAGAGAUCACAGCAGUUAAUAUGCACUAUGUAAAACAUUUCCAAAGCAUUUUUUAACAAUGAGUAUUAAUAGAUUUUCUGGUGUUUUGUUGAAUUAGAUGUGGUUGUUCCAAGGGUCCUGUCUCCAUGUGUGUUUUAAGAGUGUAAUGUUGUUGUGUAUGCUGUUUCUGAUAUAAUUCACAGUGUUAAAGAUAUACUUAGAGCAAAAAACUACCAAGCUCUUCAGUGUUUACAGGAACAAAAAAAAUGUGUUAAAGUAUGCAUUUCAUGACUGUGAAGCAGUUUUCUUAUAUGAACAAAUUACAGAGAAAAUCUAUUGUUUUUAUACAAUAAAGUUGACCGUUGAAAAGAA